GCCCACAGUGAAACAGUGCAGAGGUAGCUCACCGGUAAGCUAGGGUGACGCCGCGGCGCUAGGACCCAGAUCCGGGUCAGGGAGCCGGGAUGCCCCGGCGCUAGGACCCGGCGGCGAAAGGCGGCUCUCCUGCGGCCGCAGCUUCCCCGCCCCCUCCGGCUUCGGCUCACUCCUCCCCCGCCGGCCAUGUUGGCUCCGCUCGGGCCCCGCGGUUGAGCCGCGUCCCCCUCCCCCCUCCCGGACCCCAGACCCCCUCCCCCGCGUUCCCCUCCCCUCCUGGCGCCCGGAGCGCGGCCAUGUGAACCGCCCGUCCCCCGGGGAGAGACAAGCCCCGAGCCUGGCUGGACGCCGCCGCCUCAGAAAUGGAGGCAAACGACCAUUUUAACUUUACUGGCCUUCCCCCUGCACCUGCUGCCUCAGGACUGAAACCCUCUCCCUCCUCAGGGGAGGGGCUCUACACUAACGGGUCUCCCAUGAACUUCCCCCAGCAAGGGAAAAGUUUGAAUGGGGAUGUGAAUGUUAAUGGCUUAUCUACUGUAUCUCACACUACUACUUCAGGGAUUUUGAACUCUGCUCCCCACUCCUCCAGCACCUCACACCUCCAUCACCCCAACGUGGCCUACGACUGUCUCUGGAACUACUCACAGUACCCAUCUGCCAAUCCUGGCAACAACCUCAAGGACCCACCCCUUCUCUCCCAGUUCUCGGGGGGACAGUACCCACUCAAUGGCAUCCUUGGGGGCAGCCGGCAACCUUCAUCCCCAAGUCACAACACUAACCUUCGGGCUGGGAGCCAAGAGUUUUGGGCCAACGGUACCCAGAGUCCCAUGGGGCUUAACUUCGAUUCACAGGAACUCUAUGAUUCCUUUCCCGACCAGAAUUUUGAGGUGAUGCCCAAUGGACCCCCUAGUUUUUUCACCUCCCCACAGACUUCUCCUAUGUUGGGGUCCAGCAUCCAGACCUUUGCACCCUCCCAGGAGGUGGGCAGUGGUGUCCAUCCUGGUGCGGCAGCAGAAAAGGCACUGACUUCCGCUGUGACAGAGAAUGGUGCUGGCUUAGUGGGCAGCCUGGAGCUGGAGGAAGAGCAGCCAGAACUAAAGAUGUGUGGCUACAACGGCUCCGUCCCUUCUGUGGAAUCAUUACACCAGGAGGUCUCAGUCUUGGUCCCUGAUCCCACAGUGAGCUGCUUAGAUGAUCCUUCGCAUCUUCCUGAUCAACUGGAAGACACUCCAAUCCUCAGUGAAGUCUCUCUUGAGCCCUUCAACACUCUGGCACCGGAGCCAGUGAGUGGAGGACUCUACGGUAUAGAUGACACGGAGCUGAUGGGUGCAGAGGACAAGCUGCCUCUGGAGGACAGCCCUGUGAUAUCUGCCCUUGAUUGCCCUUCCCUCAAUAAUGCCACUGCCUUCAGUCUCCUGGCAGAUGACAGUCAAACUUCAGCCUCUAUUUUUGCCAGCCCCACCUCUCCACCUGUCCUCGGGGAGUCUGUUCUGCAAGAUAAUAGCUUUGACCUGAAUAAUGGUAGUGAUGCAGAACAGGAAGAAAUGGAGACUCAGGCUUCAGACUUCCCACCUCUGACCCAGCCAGCCCCUGACCAGUCAUCCACUAUUCAGCUACAUCCAGCAACCUCGCCAGCAGUCUCACCAACAGCCUCCUCAGCAAUCUCCCUGGCAGUGUCUCCAGCAGCCUCUCCAGAAAUUUCCCCAGCCAUCUCCCCAGCAGCCUUCCCAGUGGUCUCUCCAGCUUCCUCAGCAGCACUCCCACCAGUCUCCUCAGAAGUCUCCUUGACAGCCUCCCCAGUGACCUCCCCAAAAGCCUCCCCUGCCACUUCCCCGGCAGCUGUCUUCCCGACAGUCUCCCCAGCAGACAAGGAUAUAAGCAGCGUCCCUGAAACAACUGCUGACCUGGAAGACACCACUGUAGGAGUCCCUCCCUCUGGUAGCGGUGAUGUCCUGAGGAGACGUAUUGCUACCCCAGAAGAAGUUCGUCUUCCCCUCCAACAUGGAUGGCGGAGAGAGGUGCGCAUCAAGAAGGGCAGCCACCGAUGGCAGGGGGAGACCUGGUAUUACGGCCCUUGUGGAAAGAGGAUGAAACAGUUCCCGGAAGUGAUCAAGUACCUGAGCCGCAACGUGGUACACAAUGUCCGUCGGGAGCACUUCAGCUUCAGUCCUCGUAUGCCUGUUGGUGAUUUCUUUGAAGAGAGAGACACACCAGAGGGCUUGCAGUGGGUACAGCUCUCAGCAGAGGAGAUCCCAUCCAGGAUUCAGGCAAUUACUGGGAAACGGGGCCGACCUCGAAACACUGAGAAGGCCAAAACCAAGGAAGUCCCCAAGGUGAAACGGGGCCGAGGUCGGCCACCCAAGGUCAAAAUCACUGAGCUAUUGAAUAAAACAGACACCCGCCUCCUAAAGAAACUGGAGGCCCAAGAAACACUGAAUGAGGAGGAUAAAGCAAAGAUGUGUAAAAUCAAGAAGAAGAUAAAGCAGAAGGUGCAGCGGGGAGAGUGUCAGACUACUAACCAAGGGCAGGCCAAAAACAAGAGGAAACAAGAGACCAAGAGCUUAAAGCAGAAGGAAACCAAGAAGAAAUCCAAGGCUGAGAAGGAGAAGGUAAAAACAAAGCAGGAAAAACUGAAGGAAAAAGUCAAGAGGGAGAAGAAGGAGAAGGUAAAAAUGAAGGAAAAGGAGGAGGUGGCCAAGACCAAGCCAACGGGUAAAGCAGAUAAAGUGCUGGCCACACAGAGGCGCUUGGAGGAGCGGCAGAGGCAGCAGAUGAUCUUGGAGGAGAUGAAGAAGCCCACAGAGGACAUGUGUCUGACUGACCACCAGCCGCUGCCUGACUUCUCACGCAUCCCUGGUCUGAUCCUGCCUAGUGGGGCCUUCUCAGACUGCUUGACCAUUGUGGAGUUCCUGCACAGCUUCGGCAAGGUGCUGGGCUUUGACCCUGCCAAAGAUGUCCCUAGUCUGGGGGUCCUGCAGGAGGGGCUCCUGUGUCAAGGCGACAGCUUGGGCGAGGUGCAGGAUCUCCUGGUGCGACUCCUGAAAGCGGCUCUCUGUGACCCUGGCCUGCCCUCCUAUUGUCAGUCGUUAAAGAUCUUGGGGGAGAAGGUGUCCGAGAUCCCACUAACAAGAGACAAUGUGUCUGAGAUCCUGCGCUGCUUCCUCAUGGCAUAUGGAGUGGAGCCAGCCCUCUGUGACAGCCUGCGCACCCAGCCUUUUCAAGCCCAGCCACCCCAACAGAAGGCUGCUGUUCUGGCCUUCCUUGUGCAUGAGCUCAAUGGCUCCACCCUCAUCAUCAAUGAGAUUGACAAGACUCUAGAGAGUAUGUCCAGCUACAGGAAAAACAAGUGGAUUGUUGAAGGCCGGCUGCGGAGAUUGAAAACUGUUCUGGCCAAGCGAACGGGGCGACCUGAGGUAGAGCUGCAGGGGCCAGAGGAAGGCCUGGGGCGGAGGCGCAGUUCUCGGAUCAUGGAGGAGACCAGUGGCAUGGAAGAGGAGGAAGAGGAGGAGACUGCAGCUGCUGUCCAUGGCCGUAGGGGUCGAAGGGAUGGAGAGGUUGAUAUCACAGCAUCUAGCAUCCCAGAGCUAGAGCGCCAGAUAGAAAAACUGAGCAAGCGUCAGCUCUUCUUUCGAAAAAAGCUGCUUCACUCAUCCCAGAUGCUUCGAGCAGUCUCCUUGGGUCAGGACCGCUACAGACGCCGCUACUGGGUGUUGCCCUACUUGACUGGUAUCUUUGUGGAAGGAACAGAGGGAAGCUUAGUUCCUGAGGAUGUGAUGAAACAGGAAACUGACUCCUUAAAAGUGGCAACCCAUUCAACAACCAGCCCAGCCUCCUUCUCUCUGAAGAGGGAGUUAGCUGGCUCCAGCACCUCUGCCAGUUCGCCUGCCCGGGCCCGAGGCCGACCUCGGAAAACUAAGCCUGGCUCUAUGCAACCUAGGCACUUGAAAUCUCAUUCCAAGGGUCAAGGUUCAGAAGAGCCUCAGACCCAGCUUCAGCCGGAGACUCAGUCCCAUCCUCAGCUUCAGGCUCAUGCCCAGCCCCAGCUUCAGUCCCAUCCUCACACUCAUAAUGGGUUCCUGGAGCCAGAAGGCUCCCCAUUGUCUCUGGGUCAGAGCCAGCAUGACCUCAGCCAGUCAGCCUUCCUGUCUUGGCUGAGCCAGACUCAGAACCGUGGCUCCCUGCUGAGCAGCUCAGUCCUCACGCCUGAUAGCAGUCCCGGAAAACUGGACCCAGCCCCAUCACAUGCCCCGGAGGAGCCAGAACCUGACGAGACAGAAGCCAGCCCUGAUUCUCAAGCUCCCUGGUUUAAUUUCUCAGCCCAGAUGCCCUGCAAUGCUGUCCCUACACCACCCCCUGCAGUUUCUGAGGACCAGCCCACUCUUUCCCCUCAGCUACCUGCUUCUUCCAAGCCAGUGAGUAGAGCCAGUGCUGCCAACUCCUAUUCUCCAGGGCCGUUCUCUUCUACUCCUUUGCUGGGCAUGGCUCAUAAAAGGCGAGCAGGAGAUGCUGGAGAAACACCACAGAGCCCCACAGGGCAAGGACAGCCAAAACGGAGAGGGAGACCUCCCAGUAAGUUCUUCAAACAGAUGGAGCAGCGUUACCUGACCCAGCUGACAGCCCAGCCUGUCCCCCCUGAGAUGCGCUCUGGCUGGUGGUGGAUCCGAGAUCCUGAGACAUUGGAUGCCACGCUCAAGGCCCUGCACCCCCGAGGCAUCCGAGAGAAAGCACUUCACAAACACCUAAACAAGCACAGGGACUUCUUACAGGAAGUCUGCCUACGGCCCUCAACAGACCCCAUCUUUGAGCCCAGUCAGCUACCUGCCUUUGAAGAAGGGAUCGUGAGCUGGACCCCCAAAGAGAAGACAUAUGAGACAGACCUGGCUGUCCUUCAGUGGGUGGAGGAGCUGGAACAGCGGGUGAUCCUGUCUGAUCUGCAGAUUCGGGGCUGGACAUGUCCCAGCCCAGACUCUACUCGUGAAGACUUGGCCUACUGUGAGCACCUGGCUGAUUCCCAGGAGGAUAUCACCUGGCGGGGUCGAGGCAAGGAAGGUCUGGCACCCCAGCGUAAAACCACCAACCCCUUGGACCUGGCAGUGAUGCGACUUGCUGCCCUGGAGCAGAAUGUGGAGCGGCGGUACCUGCGGGAGCCCCUGUGGCCAGCUCAUGAGGUUGUGCUGGAGAAGGCACUGCUCAGCACGCCCAGUAGUGCCCCACAGUGUACGCCUGCAGAGAUAUCAUACGAGAUCACUCCUCGAGUUCGGGCCUGGCGCCAAACGCUAGAGCGAUGCCGGAGCGCAGCCCAAGUCUGCUUGUGCCUGGGCCAGCUGGAGAGGUCCAUUGCCUGGGAGAAGUCUGUCAACAAAGUGACCUGUCUAGUCUGCCGGAAGGGUGACAACGAUGAGUUUCUUCUACUUUGUGAUGGGUGUGACCGUGGCUGCCAUAUUUACUGCCUUCGGCCCAAGAUGGAGGCUGUCCCAGAAGGAGACUGGUUCUGUGCUGUCUGUCUGGCCCAGCAGGUAGAAGGAGAAUUGACUCAGAAAUCUGGUUUCCCAAAACGAGGCCAGAAGCGGAAAAGCAGUUAUGUGCUGACCUUCCCAGAGGGUGACAACCGCCGCCGCCGGCUGCUACCAAGGGGCCGAGAGAGCCCAGCAGUGCCCCGGUACUCAGAGGAAGGGCUGUCCCCCUCGAAGCGGCGGCGCGUCUCCAUGCGGAACCAUCACAGUGAUCUCACGUUCUGCGAGAUUAUCUUGAUGGAGAUGGAGUCCCAUGAUGCAGCUUGGCCUUUCCUGGAGCCUGUGAACCCACGAUUGGUGAGUGGGUACCGGCGGAUCAUCAAAAACCCUAUGGAUUUUUCCACCAUGAGGGAGCGACUGCUCCGGGGAGGGUACACCAGCUCAGAGGAGUUUGCGGCUGAUGCACUCCUGGUCUUUGACAAUUGCCAGACUUUCAAUGAAGAUGAUUCUGAAGUGGGCAAGGCUGGACACAUCAUGCGCCGCUUCUUUGAGAGCCGCUGGGAGGAGUUUUAUCAGGGAAAACAGGCCAAUCUGUGAGGCGUGGGAGCUAGGGAGUCACCUUGUGGCAUUGCUCCCUGCCCUCCACACAGACCCUGCCAUUCUCACCUGCUGAUGCUGCCCUGGGUCCAGACUCAAGUCAGAGGGAGAACCCUGAUUUUUGACCUUGCCCUUGGCAGCACCCUACGUCUUCUUAUCCUUACACCCUUUCUCCCUUUCCUCCUCUUGUUCCUCAGAUAAGAGGGGCAGAGAUGAGGUCCUUCUGGACUGAAAGCCAAAAAAGAAAAAAUAAUUUUUCCUGUUUUAUUUCCUAAUUAAAUAAGAGGAGGAGGAAAGAAGCCCCUACUUCCUCCUCCCAGCUUCCUCACCUUCCUUGUACGUGCCCCAGCAUUCUGGGGCUAUUUAACAAUAGCAAUAGUUCUAGUGAAUGUGUGAAACCGAGAAACACUCUGUACUGUGUGUGGACCCGCAGUGACGGCCAGUAAAGUGGACUUAACUCCCAAGUGUGUCGAGCCGGACACCGGGCCCUGGACAUGCUGCUUCCAUGUUCAGUCCCUCCCCUGCUUCUCACUUUCUCUCUCUCACUCCCCUCUCCCCUUCAGAUUUGUCUCUUCAUCCAAUAAUGUAAAACUAUGUGUACGGGUUCCUCCCUUCUCUUCCCCCAAAUCUUUUUUCCCUUCAAAGGAAAAAGAAGUUCAGAGGUCCCUGUCUUUCUCUCUGUCCUCAUCUUCCGGCCAAUAGCUAGCCCCUCUAUAAUGUUGGAUACUCCUCAAAUGCUGAGUUUCUAGCCUUUUCUGAAACUCAGUAAACUGGGGAGAGGGCAGGGAGGCACCCUGGACCCUGGGCCUUCCAGCCUCCUUCCCCACCUCUUACCCAAACCUCCCUCUUGGGAACUCCUCAGGGACAACUACUGCUGAGUUCGGGCACACCCCAAGAUGGAGGCCAGGUAGCAAUCGACUGGCCUGAGAGAGAGAGAGGUGUGUGUGGGUGUGUGAGUGAGUGAGAGAGGAUGUGAUUGUGCCCCUGUUUUUGGUGGCAUCCAUUCAGUUUUUCCCCCAAAUAUCUGUUUCCCAUUGUUUCAAACCAUUGAAACACCUUUCUCAUUGUUUUAAACUAUCACUUUGUCUUUGGGAAACCACAGGAACAGUUUUUCUGGGUCAAAGCUGUGUCUCUUCCCUCUCUCCCAGUCAUUUCUGUUCCAGCCUCUUCAAACUGUGCAAUCUUCUAGCAGGAACAGCUUCUCCUUUCAGUAGCUCUGAGUCCUAAGCUUUUGCAGGGAGAGGGGUAGAACUGGACCUUUCCCUAAUCCCAUGAGCUUCUGUGGGUUUAGUUGUGCUCUCCUUCCCUUAUCCACUUCAUAUCCUGGGACCCCUUCCCCAGGAGCAGAGACCCCAGAGCACGAGUGAGUAGGGAGGAGAGGCUCUGGGUCCACCACUGCCCUACAUGUGACUACGCCCAAGUUAAGCCCCAACAUGUGAGAGGAAAGCUGCUAACUCCCAGCUAUAGCCAUGGGCCCCUGGCCCCCUGCUUUCCUGCUCAGCAGAGCCCCUCCCAUCAGAGAUUACGGGUACUUGCACUGGGGAGGUGGCUGCUGGCUGGCCCAAGCAGAGAGCUGAGGCAUCCAAGAAAUGUUCCAUUAGUGGGAGAGGGGUGCCAGGUGAGGGGAGCAUUGCUGUACUUUGAGCAGCCCUGAAUAGCCACUGAAGGGGGUGGGGCAGUGUAGGUCCUGGGGCAACCCCUUUCUUUCUUUAUGCCCCUACUCCCCCAUAGCCUAUUUCUAAAGUCGCCUUUUCUGUCAGAUAAACCUCAGAACUUUUAAUUUUAUUUGAGAUUUUUUUUUUUUUUGCUUUUAAAUAAGAGGUGGAUUGAAGAAUAUUUGAAUUGACUUUAUAUUAUGCAUAAAUAUUUAUAUUUUAUCUAAAUAACUGCUCUGUAACAAACUUUGUGUUAGUCAAGCAUUUGGAACUGUUAUAGUUGGGGGCUCUUCUUUUUCCCCACGGCAGUUUUCCCCAGUAUAAAAUGUUCUAGAUUAAUUUUACUGUUGGAGGUUAGAUGGACGGGGGAGUGAAGUUUCAAUUGUUCCUGCUAUGUGUUCCUCUCCCAGCUCCAUCUCUUUCCCUAGGGACCAGGCACUCUGAAGGUGGGGUGGAGUCCUAGCCUCAGUUUGGAGUGGGGGUUGAUAGGGGGGUGGGGACAGGGCAUGAUCAAAGGGGCCAUUUCUCACUUUUCUUUCCUCAUCUUCACUGCCCCUUGAGCUAGGUGGAUUUUCUCUUCUUGACGAGAGUAUUUGAUAGGGAAGGCAAAUUUUAAAAGUAAAUAAAACCCACCCCUGCCCCUCUGUUUCCCUUCUCCCAUCAGUCUGGUAACAGGAAGAAACCACACCAUCAACACCAACAAAUUUCCAUGUUCCUUUUACAACAAAAGGGACUUGACUUUUUAUAUAACCAAAUGUGGUGUUUUAGUGACUUUUUGAUAAUGUACAGUUUUUUGUGAAUUUAAAUUUAUUUCUUUCUAUAUUUUUAGGACCAAUCUCAUUUUUAAUAAGGUAAAAAAAGGAAAAAAAAGUCUAGAGAUAAAAAAAACUCCUGUUUUUGCCAUGUGAUGUUCCACAAGUGCAGCUGUAGAAAAGUGCUUGUCAGUUGAAUAAAAACCACAUUUGAUAGAGA